GCGCGCUCCCGGGCCAUGGCGGCGGCGGCGGCGGCAGCGGGCGCGGGCCGCUGGGAGCUGGUGCGGCGCGGGCGCGCGCGGCGCGGCGCGGGCGGGGCCAGGCGCGCGGCCCCCCCCGCGGAGCCGCCGCCACGCACGCGGGACCGGGAUCGGGAGCGCGCGCGCGCGGGGGCCAGCCGGGGCGCCCGCCGGGGGGAGCUCGUGCCCGGCCCGUCCCGCGCGCGCGCCCGCAGCCUCGCCGACGCCCUGGCGGCCCUGGACGUGGCGGCGCUGCAGCGCGAGCUGGACAAGAGCCAGGCGCUCUUCCCCGACAGCCCCUCGCUCUGGGCCAAGGACCUGGCCGGCGUCCUCAACCACCAGCUGCAGGCGCCGCGCAGCGAGCCCACGCUCGGCCACCACGCCCACGGUCAGUGCCCCCCCACGCCCACGCUCGGACACCACGCCCACGAUUACCCCUACGGCCUCGUGAGCAAGGAGCUGCGCGGCGUCAUCAGAGCUCUGCUGGCCAAAGCCUCCGGCGCGCUGGAGCUCUUCCUGGACCACUGCAUUUACACCAUGCUGCAGGAGCUGGACAAGACGCCAGGUGAGUCGCUGCACGGGUACCGCAUCUGCAUCCAGGCCGUGCUGCUGGACCGCCCGAGGAUCGCCACUGCCAACCUGGGCAAGUACCUGGAGCUGCUGCGGUCUCACCAGAACAGGCCGGCGAAGUGCCUCACCAUCAUGUGGGCCCUGGGGCAGGCCGGCUUCGCGGACCUCACCGAGGGCCUCAAGGUGUGGCUCGGCAUCAUGCUCCCGGUGCUGGGGAUGAAGGCACUCUCCCCCUACGCCAUCGCCUACCUGGACCGGCUCCUCAUGACGCACCCGAACCUGACCAAGGGCUUCGGCCUCAUCGGCCCCAAGGAUUUCUUCCCGCUGCUGGACUUCGCCUUCAUGCCCAACAAUUCCCUGGUGCCGAGCCUGCAGGAGCAGCUGCGGCAGCUCUACCCCCGGCUCAAGGUGCUGGCAUUUGGCACGACGCCCGAGACCACGCUGCACGCCUACUUCCCCUCCUUCCUGUCCAGAGCCACCCCCAACUGCCCGCCGGACAUGAAGAGAGAGCUACUGCGCUGCCUGCACGAGUGCCUCAGCACCGACCCCCUGAGCUUCAGUGUCUGGCGCCAGCUCUACACCAAGCACCUCUCGCAGUCCAGCCUGCUCCUCAACCACCUCCUGGAGUCCUGGGACAGCAGCCCCCGGAAGGUGCGCCAGGCGCUGCAGGACACGGUGUGCUCCUUUAAGGUCACCAACGAGGAGCUGGCCCUGAAAGGGGCCGGCAAUGCCCAGGACGUGGCGGCCUGUGACAUCGCCUGCAAGAGCCUGCUGCGCCGGCUGAAGGGGCGUGGGUUCCCCUGGGCACGCCUACUGCUCGUGGCCCUGGUGUUCCUGGGCGGCUUCCUCAUGCACGACAUCCGCAUCCACGGCUCCUUCCACGCUUCCUCCUCUGCCCACGUCCUCCGGUCGUCGGGCGUCCUGGCGGCGGCGCAGCUGGCCUGGCACGAGGUUUCCCAUUACUCCCUGGAGGGGUACAGCUGGCUGGAGCAGACUGUCCUGGCCUACUACACGCGAGCCAUGACCGCGCUGGAGCCAAACCUGCGGCUGGUCUGGGCCAAGACCAACGAGACGGCCACGUACCUGUCCGGGAAGUGCUCCUCCCACCUCGCCUGGGCUUGGGACCGCCUGCCCUGGCUCGCCGAGUGGCUCCAUGCCCAGGUCCCGGAGGCCGUGGCACACGUGGCCGAGUCCCUCAAGGAGCUGCUCGUGUGGCUGGUGCAGAGCUGCCUGCUGCCGGCACUGGAGCACGCGGGCAGCGCCGUGCAGCGCGGCUGGCAGCGCUGGGUCGACUCCUGCAACGGGGAAGCGUCGUGGGGCUGCCUGCGCGACCACCUGGCCGGGGCCACCUACUCGUCCUGGCUCUACCUGCAGAGCACCACCGCCGCCCUGCGCGACUGGGCCCUGGCCGCCCUCUCGGGGCGCUAGCCCGCGCUGUGCUGCGCCACGCCGCGCCAGGACCAGGGGACCAAGCGGGGCGGGCCCGAUCCUGGGCGGGGGCCGGGGGCUCCGUGUGUGGCCGUGCUCUGUCCUGUCCCCGCGCACCAUAAAGUCCUGCACCCGCCGUGCGGCGCCGUGCCAUGCCGUA